AUGGAGCAGGAGAGGGUCGCAGGAGCAGACCAGGACGGGCAAGGCUGGCGGGGCUGCCGGCUGGUGCCUCUUUCGCGCGACCUCGAGUUCAGCGAGGAGGACGACUCGGUGGUGACGGGUGCGGACAGAAGCUUCGGUACGUGCCGCAGCGAGGCGAAGGUGAAGGCCGGCCGGUGGUACUACGAAGUCGAGCUCCUCACGCCUGGCCUCUUCCAAAUCGGCUGGGCCACCAACGCCUUCACCCCAAACUCUGCCCGUGGUAUGGGCGUGGGUGACUAUGCAAAGGUGUCGUGGGCCUAUGACGGCUACCGCGUGCAGACGCUCAGCGGCCACGAAACGCCUGGCUACGGCGUGCGCUGGAGCGCGGGCGACGUGAUCGGCGUCGGGGCGGACCUUGAGGCCGGCACCGUCACCUUCUACCACAACGGCGCGUCGCUGGGCGUGGCCUACACCGACGUAUGCCUGGCGGCCGACGACCCCGACGACGCGCUCUACGCCUGCCUGUCCCUCGGCCACGGCCAGAGCUGCCGCGUGGUCUUCCUCGAGGAGCGCAUGAAGUUCUUUCCCGCGGGGGAGGGCUAUCGAUGCUUGACGGUGCUCUACCACAAGGGAAGCCACUGUACGGUGUGCCACAAGGGGCACUCCAGAUCGACGCGGCGCUCGGUCGUGGGUCCGCUCAACCGCGCCAACCAGAAGGAGAUGCACCACGGCGAACACGUCUUCAUCACGAUCCCUUUCCCACUCGUAAACUGUACGGCGAGCGUCGACGAGCUGUUGCGUGCUGCACCCAUAGGGCGAACAGAGCUAAUCAGGGCCAACAACCCGUACAAGUACCACCCUUACCGAUGCCACGAUUGCAACGCUUCGCAGAUCGAAGGCAUCCUCUACUCCUCUAUUCCGCACACCCCCACCCCGAACCCGGUGGACGAGGUGGUGCACCUGUGCGCACCAUGCUGGAAGACGAGAUACCACAACGACCCGCGCAAUCCGGAGUGCAUAGACGAGUCGAGCUGCGCCGGGCUGCCCGGGGACGUGUGGGUCAAGUCCCUCACGCUCGAUUUGGCCGACGAGUUCGGCUUCGCCUCGGUGAUCUCGCCUGAGACCGCCGCGCAAGCCCAACCCAGCGGCGCUGGCGCAGUGGACCAAGCCGCCCAGCAAUCGCCGUACGUGCCCGUGGCCUACUCAAACCCAAUGGGCGCCUACUAUAGCGACGCGGAGGGCACCGAUGCCGAUGUGGACGGAACCAGCGCCGACAGGCAAGUGGCGGAAGAAUCACGGGGCAUGAACGAGACCAAGAAGAAGAUGCGCGACUACGGCAAGUUUUACGGGGCGUAUGCGGGCGAAGACAACGAUGGCGCCGGGAACGCUGGCGACAGCGUCUACAGCGACGAGCCGGCAGAGCCCGUACUCGAGACUCCUGCGUCGAUCUACGCCGACUAUGCCGAUGCCGGUGAGGAGGAGGCGAGGAGGCCAAGCGGCGCCAACAAGCGGAAGGAGGCACGAGCGAGGAAAGGAGGCGAUGACGACGUGCCCGCUGCAGCUUACGGUUCGGUCGAUGGUGAAGCUGAAGCUUCUGAGUCGGAAUCGGAGGAGAGUGACUCCAGCGUCGAUUUCAGCCAGAGCGAUUCGGCGGACUCCGAUUCAGAUACAGAAGAAGAGGAAGAGGAGGAAGAUGACAGUGAGUCGAGGGACUGGAACAAGGAGCUGCAGCACCUCUUCGACCUCUACCUCACCAACGCCAAGCUCCCGCUGCUGGCGCAGCUGCGGCGGCUGGUGCAGGAGUUCAACCAAAAGGCCGAGACCAUCGCACAGACCAUCAUCUCCGAGAUGUCCCUCCCUCGCGCCCAGAAGACCUACAAGCCCAAGACCGACAUGGGCGGCAUCGCAGGUGGUGAGAAGUACAUGGUCGAGGGCAUCUUCUUCAAGUUCGCCAUCGACCUCCACGGCAUCUACGGAGGCAACGCGUAUGCCCUCAAGGUGGCCAACCUCUAUGUGGAUGCGAUUGAUCUAUUUCAGGCGGCUGACUCGGCUGCGAGUCACGAGCUCAAGGGGCUGCGGGCCUAUUUCACCGCGAAGCCGGACGACCCCACGCUCCCGCGGCUGUGCGUUCCUAUCAUGUCCAUCAUCGACUACUGCGGCUGGCGUAUGAUUGCGUGCUGCCGGCUGCCCAUCGGCAAGAACACGCUCUGCUACGGCAGUGCAGAGCUCGGUCUCACUCUCUCGUUUGAUGUUGUCGGCAUCAACUGUGAAGAUGGUGGUCGCACGGUGCAUGACAAGGACCCCGUCCUGUCGAAGCUCAUGAAGGCGGCCGCGGGACAGAUCAACAUCAAGGGACACCUGGCUGGACCCGUGUCCGCGUCGUCCGUGUUCCUCUACGCGCCCACCGACAUCGAAGGCCAUCACGCCACCGACGGCCGCUACUACGUCGUCGACACGGCGCGAGUGUUCCCGGCCGAGCCGUCGUGGGUGACGUUCAAGGCGCUGCUGCUGCCGCCGGAGGGACGCAAGGACGACUGGUCCGAGAGGGAGCGGCCGCGCGUGGUCGAGGUCGACCUCACCGUGCAGAACUGGGAGAAGGAGCUUCUCGAGAUCCUCUCCGUCGACUACAGCGAUCUCACACCCGAGCAAAAGGCCAAGCAGAAGCCAAAGAGCAUCACGUUUUCGGAGGCGACCCUGGUCUACAGCGGUCGGGGUCCGGUCAACCACCGCGCAUCGACCCUGGCCCAGUGCAUCGUGCGCGGUCAUGCCCUGCUCAACUUUGGCGGCUUCAAGGGCAAGUCCUUCCACAGCUUGCUACGGCCCGAAUAUGUGAAGAGCUUGGGCUAUCCGCUGUCGAGCGACGUAUGGACGCUGUUUGGCCGCCACAACGCGGCCGAGCACAACGAGGAGGUGCACAAGGCCACGAUCCACCUGCAAUCCGUGGUCAUCCCCAAGUUUGCGAGGGACCUGUCCGGUGGUGUCAUCAUUCCGCUGAACGCGCAGCAGCUGCGAGACAAGAUGCACGAAGCCGGGAUCAACAUGCGCUAUCUCGGCCUUCUCAAGUCGCUUCUGCCCCACGCGAAGCAGGGGCAGGCCUCGCUGUUGCUCGUCUCCAUGAUCACGCGUUGCCUGAAGAACUUUAUUCGCGCCGCCGUGCGCACCAUGCCGCCCGUCACGCAUCGGGCCACCAUCAUCCAGUACUUGGACCUGGUGUUCGGCCAAAGCAAAGCGUCCAACAACUACUGGGCUCAUGUGCUCAAGCUGCUCAUCCAAGCCAAAUACCAGAAAUAUGGGCAUUGCUUGACCAACGAGGAGCUGGCGCUGGAUUACGACUUGCGCGAGCACAUCCGUAAGCUGUCGCUGCUGCUCGACCUGCAGCACCACCUGGGCUUUACCUUCUCCGUGGCGGCGCUCAACGCGAUCCAGAGCAACCAGGAUUUCUUUGCCACGCAGAAGCCCUUCCACGAGCUGUUGACCGCGCUGGGCGAGGGCGAGUUCGGCUGCGUGCUGCUGCCGCGGACCAAACAACUCUUCGAGCCAUUCCUCACCACCACCAUCGGCGCCACGAUCGAACGUGCUGCGGAGUCCGCAACACGCGCCGCAGACGAAAACGACGACGCCAGCGCGGCGGCGGUGGAGGAGAAGUGUGAGCGACUCACGGCCAGCGUCUACGGCAAUAAGAGCCUUCACCGCAUCCUGCGACUGGUCAAGCUGGCCGACGCCUACGUCCGCUGCGGCAGCCUCGACAAGGCCAAGAACUGCUGCGCUCAGGCGUUCACCCUCCUCACCCAGGGCAAGCUUGGGCAAGGCGGCGACGAUGAGGGGGGCUCGUCAUGUUCGCUGGAGGCCAUGAUCCUGCUGUCCCUCACGGCCGGCGAUGUGUACAACCGCCUCGACGACUUCGAGAUGGCCAAGAUGUACUACUGCGCCGCACUGAACGGCUUGGACAGGCUGAUGGGCAUCGACAAAAAGGAGAGCUACGUCCACCUCCGCCCGUUCAACGAGCGAAUGUUCUCCACCCAGGCCACCAUGCGCAACGAUCUCAUGACCACCAAGCCGCUGCCCAGCCCAAUCGCGCUCGUCGUGCUCAACAAGCUAGUGACCCUUAUCUACAUGAGCGCCACCACCGCCGCCAAGAGCAUGACCAACAAGGAGCGCACGCGACAGCUGCUACUCUACUCCGCGCGAUUCGCCGACGCGUGGAAGGAAGUGCCCUUCGCCGGCAACGAGGAGCUGCGCAGGGAGCACUUCGGGCGGGUCCUGCCGCUGCCGCUCACAAUCCUCCUGCAGUACGGCUACAUCCACCAGAUGAGCGCCUACAUCAGCAACGCCGGCCCCGAGCAGGACGAAGUUCGCGAGUGGUGCAUGCAAGUUGAGAAUUUUGGUAAGGAGGGGACUACGUACGAGUUGAGCGAUACCCUUGUGACGUCGUUCUUCAGCGAUUUGGCCGGACCCACGGGCGAGAUCAUGGCGCCGCGCUACCACCGCGUCACCAAGGACUUCCAUCUCAAGCUGCCCCUCGACGUGGUGCGCGGGAACGUCUUCCCGGUAACGUGGCGCACCAAGAUCACCCUCGCCAACCGCGAGCACCUGUGCGUCCUUGUCUACCGGAAUCUCCGCCAGGAAGACCUCAACCGGCGACGCCUUUCCGAUCUGACCAAGCACUCGCGGAUGCUGGUGACCUACGACGAGGAGGACCUCAAACGGCAGGAGGCGAAAGCGCGACUCGAAGCGGGGACCGACCAGCGCAUGUUCAUCCUGUCGUGGUUCCACCGGCGCUGGGACUAUCGCGGCCAGUUCGACGUCGACACGGCGCCGUUCGAGCCGGGCGUCUACCACUUCGUCUUGGCCCUACGCACCAAUCAGGGCGUCGACGUGCAGCACUGCUCCCUCCCUUUGCUCGACAAGUCGCUGCCAUGCAUCCACAAGCCGCGCGUAGUGCAGGAUAUCUCGGACCUGAUGCCCCGCAUGCGCGUCGAGCAGGUGGCCUGCUCGCCCAGUUCCACGCUCCUUCUGACCUCCGACAACCGCGUCUUUGCCUGGGGCGAUAACACGUUUGGUCAGCUUGGCCUGGGCGACACCGAGGAACGAAAGACGCCCACCGAGAUCUUCGGUCUCGCCGGCAAGAAGAUCGUACAGAUCAGCAUCACCAACGAUCCCAAGGACCACCCAGAGAUCUUCUACCUGAAGGGCAGUGUCCAUGCGCUCGCCAUAUCCGCCACCGGUGUCGUCUAUACCUGGGGAGGCGGCAAAUACGGCGAGCUCGGCAACGGCGACCUGACCGACGCGCUCACGCCCAUCGCACUCGAGUCGCUCCGUACCAAGCUGGUCACGCAGGUCUGCGCGGCGGCCAAUGCGUCGCUGGCCCUCACCAAGGACGGCGAGGUGUGGCAGUGGGGCUACCGCGAGAACGAGGCAACGGGCGAGGAGGAGUCCGUCGCGACGCCCUACCGGGUCCGCUUCUCCGACGCGCCCAUCGUAUCGGUGUCCGCCUGCGGCCGCACCUACGCGGCGGUCGACCGGCUGGGCUUCGUCUACAUGUGGGGUGUCAUGCCCCAGCCCGACGACAUUGUGCAGACCACCAGCUCGUCCCACAGCCCGACGGUCACGGAGGUCUUCGUGCGCAAGCUCACCCAGGAGCGCUACGUCGACCGGCCGAUCCGGCUGGACUCGGCCAUGGACCACUUCAUUGUCGACGUGGCGGUCGGAUCGCAGUUCGCCGCGCUGCUCACCGACGAUGGCCGCGUGCUGGCCUUUGGCGAGCACCCCGCCCACGGCCGCGGCAUCGACGACUUCCUGUACUCGAUCACGUCGACCUUUGACGCCUCAGUAGUACUCACCGAGGAGGGCGAGGUCCACUACCUGGGCGGCGACUUCACCUACCUCGCGCGGCGGCUCGCCCUGCCCGACGGCAUGCGCGCGCGGCGCAUGUUUCCGGGCUUCGUAGUGUGCGAUACGGCGGCGGUGGUGCGCAACGAUCCGGCCGGCCGCUACAGCCGCUUCGCCCAGCUCGCCCGCGCGUCAGAGUCGCAGAGUCUGGACGAUUACAUGCGUCAGUGCAGGGAGGAGCGGCGAGUCAAGCUCAACGAAGAGUGGAGCGUGAUGUCCCCCACGCACAAGAUCGAGCUGCGUGAGAAGCAGGAGAAGCUGGUCGUGGUCAAGUGGCGCUGCCCUGCAUGGUGGACCUCGCGCGCCAUCAACGGCGACUGCAUCGCGCUGCGCGCCGAAAGCGACGGCGCUGGCGACAGUCAUCAUCAGCCGCACGCCGACGAGGCCCGAGUCCUCCUGCAGGACAGCACGUCGGUCAACGAGGCCACGGGCCAGGGCGAGGUGGUCUUCCCGGUGCCCUACAGGCGGGAGGGUCGGUACCGGUUCGUCUACCUGCGCAAGCUGGCCGACAGCUACGUGGAGUGGGCCACCAGCCAGCCGGUGACGAUCGCGCAGGGCGCGGAGGUGAGCGGGGAGGACGCCCUGUACCGCUUCCCGCUGACGCCGCUCAACUUCACGAAGAUGGCGAGCUUCGUGGCCUGCGCGCCGGUGAAGGCCUGCGCCAAGCUGCUCGUCAAGGAUCUACGGAAGGCGAAGCGCGAGUGCAGCGAGAGGACUUCCGACCGCGCCAAGAUUGCACUGCAGACCCUCCUGCUCUGUGAGGACUACACCCGCAACACUGUUUGGCACUUGGCGGCAGUAAUUGGGAGGCUGGAGUGCUUGGCGCUAUUUGCGGUGGCGCUGCGACGCGUCUACCCAGACGUUCUGGGCUUUUCGGCCGACGAGGCCCGGCGCCACCUCGCCCAAGCCCUGGGCAAGCCCAACCGCAAGGGCUCCACCCCGCUGGACCUGGCCGCUGCCGAUCCCGCCAACGGACCCCGCGUCUCGGCCUACCUACGCUCCCUUUGCGAAGACGACGAAGAGGCGGAAGAGGCCGAGCGUGGAGGCGGCGACGCGUACGGCUUCGCCCAGCUCGAGGCACGACUCGACGACCUGUUGCAAGAACUGUCGCUCGCAGCCCGCUCCAGCUCGCGCAACAAGACAGCCGCCUAG